GAAAAAGUGAGAAAAGACACUUAGAUUUCAAUCUUAAUUAACGGUUUGAUUCGGUUUGGUUUGUCUCACCUACAUUUGCAUCGAUUGCAGCAUGGGGGACUUAAUACGCAGUGGCUGACACGUGUCAAUAUAAAACGCACCGCUUUGUUUGAUUGUUCCUCCUUGUCCCCGAGCAGAGAAAUACAAAGGAAGAAGAAGAAGAGUUGUUUGAUUAUCUUUAAGCAAAGAGGAAACUGUUUUGCUUCUAGAUCCGAUCCAAUCCAAUCAAACAAAGGAUCCGAUUGAUCAGAAAAAAUCCACCAAAUUUCUCAAGAUCGAAACAUAUAAUUGAAGAUGAGCGACGUAUUUGAAGGGUACGAGCGUCAAUACUGCGAGCUCUCAACCAAUCUCUCUAGAAAAUGUCACUCUGCAUCGGUUCUCUCCAACGGAGAGGAGAAGAAGGGGAAGAUUGCUGAGAUCAAGUCUGGAAUAGACGAAGCUGAUGUCUUGAUCCGGAAAAUGGAUCUUGAGGCAAGAAGUUUGCAGCCGAGUGCUAAAGCUGUGUGUCUUUCUAAACUAAGAGAGUAUAAAUCUGAUCUGAACCAAUUGAAGAAGGAAUUCAAACGAGUCUCUUCCGCAGAUGCUAAGCCGUCUUCCCGUGAAGAGUUGAUGGAAUCCGGAAUGGCGGAUCUGCAUGCAGUAUCUGCUGAUCAAAGAGGAAGAUUGGCAAUGUCCGUGGAGAGGCUUGACCAAUCAAGUGACAGAAUCAGGGAGAGUAGAAGACUAAUGCUGGAGACAGAAGAGGUUGGCAUCUCAAUUGUCCAAGAUUUGAGUCAGCAACGCCAAACCCUCCUUCAUGCGCACAACAAGCUUCAUGGUGUGGAUGACGCCAUUGACAAGAGCAAGAAGGUGUUGACGGCUAUGUCAAGGAGAAUGACUAGGAACAAAUGGAUCAUUACAUCGGUAAUCGUGGCUCUCGUUCUCGCCAUCAUCUUGAUCAUCUCAUACAAGCUUUCUCAUUAAUAUACUCAAAAAACAUUAUUCAUCGUGAUUGUGUAUAUAUAUAUGAUGGUUGAUUUACUUUGUAAUGGCCCAAGUGGUUACUUGUAUUUUUAAGUACGAUGUUUGUAUUGAAGUGGCAACACUUUUAACAUUCAUAAGGUUUCCCAAGUCUUUUCUUUUUUGUCUUUUUUUCCAAAAAAGUGGUACUAUUUUAUAUAAAGCAGAUGUUUCAAAAGUU